GUUCUUCUGAGUUGAAUGAGAAUGACCUGCAGAUUCAACUUUCGUUUUCAACCACCGUAAAUGGCUCAUCUUCGUAAUUUCACCCCAACAUUAGGGCCCAUUCACCAACCGAUCCACCACUAGGCUCUCUCUUCUUCUCACUAUAUAAGCGACACGCUCCAACCAUGCCAUCCUUCUCCUCCUUCAUCAUCAUAUAUCGCCCUAUUCAGUCCCCUUAAUUCAAUAUAUACCGUUUGCCUUCUCUGUUCUUUUCUCCAAUCUCUCCCCUUUACGUGCCAAUUCGGGGUUAUUCAGGUCGUUGCCAAUAAAUUAUAAAUCUGCUAUAUAUCUAAUGGAGUCAUCCUCUGGGGUUCAUUUUUCUGGACUUCACAUGAAUGGUUCAGCACAGAGGAACGUUGACGCAGAGCAACCUACAACUUCAGCUGCUGACAUGUAUAAACAACCUUUCGUUAUAGGUGUUGCUGGGGGAGCUGCAUCGGGGAAGACUACAGUUUGUGAUAUGAUUAUUCAGCAGCUUCAUGACCAACGAGUUGUACUUGUUACUCAGGAUUCUUUUUAUCAUAAUUUGACUGAAGAGGAACUUACAAGAGUCCAAGAUUACAACUUUGACCAUCCUGAUGCUUUUGACACUGAGAAGCUAUUAUGGGUUAUGGACAAGUUAAGGCAUGGACAAGCCGUAGAUAUUCCGAACUAUGACUCAAAGAGUUACAAGAGCGAUGUGUUUCCAGCAAGAAGGGUGAAUCCUUCAGAUGUUAUAAUUUUGGAAGGAAUUCUUAUUUUCCAUGAUCCACGUGUUCGGGAGCUGAUGAAUAUGAAGAUAUUUGUUGACACAGAUGCUGAUGUUCGUUUGGCCAGGAGAAUUAGGCGUGAUACCUGUGAGAAGGCUCGGGAUAUUGGCUUAGUGCUUGAUCAGUAUUCUAAAUUUGUAAAGCCGGCUUUUGAUGACUUUAUUCUCCCAACAAAGAAAUAUGCUGAUAUCAUUAUACCCCGUGGAGGAGACAAUCAUGUGGCCAUUGAUUUAAUCGUACAGCAUAUCCGGACAAAGCUUGGUCAGCACGAUUUGUGUAAAAUAUAUCCUAAUUUAUAUGUCAUUCAAACAACUUUUCAGAUACGGGGUAUGCACACCCUGAUACGUGAUUCUCAGACAACAAAGCAUGAUUUUGUGUUUUAUGCUGACCGUUUGAUUCGUUUGGUUGUUGAGCAUGGCCUGGGGCAUCUUCCAUUUACGGAAAAGCAAGUAAUAACUCCAACUGAGUCUGUAUAUACUGGUGUGGAUUUUUGCAAGAGGUUAUGUGGUGUCUCCGUUAUCAGGAGUGGAGAGAGUAUGGAAAAUGCUUUACGUGCUUGCUGUAAAGGUAUCAAGAUUGGUAAAAUUCUUAUUCAUAGAGAAGGUGACAAUGGUCAGCAGUUAAUAUAUGAGAAGUUGCCGAACGAUAUCUCAGAUAGACAUGUGUUGCUGUUGGAUCCUAUCCUGGGAACCGGUAAUUCUGCUGUUCAAGCAAUUUCUUUGCUUCUCAGAAAGGGUGUACCGGAGUCCAACAUUAUAUUUCUCAACCUCAUAUCAGCACCUCAAGGUGUGCAUGUGGUCUGCAAGAAGUUUCCCAGAAUAAAAAUUGUGACAUCCGAGAUUGAUUUUGGUUUGAAUGAAGAUUUUCGUGUUGUACCUGGCAUGGGUGAGUUUGGGGACCGUUAUUUUGGAACAGAUGAUGAUGAUGACCAACAAGUGGUGGCCCCUUCACAAGAUUGAAUCUCUGUGCAAAAUCCACAGCAAUUUUUGGAUAAUUGGUGCUCUGAAUUUCAGUUUUAAAUCAAUUUUGGCUAAUGUUAUUGAGAUUUCUUUUACAGUUAUUUCCCACCAAGAUCUCAAUGUCAUGUGGAUCCGGACCCUAUAUAUAGAAAUCAAUAUAUAUA